CCUCUUUUCUCUCCAUUUCUCCCUCCUCCUCCUCCAUAAAGCUCCAAUUCCAUUGGGUGAUCUGCGCAUGAGAAGACGCCGCGAAUUCGCAAAUUGCUGCAUGAGUCAAACUUGUGCAGAUCAAGUUGGACUUUUUGCGUUUGAAAGAUACCAUUAGCUUUUGUUUUGGUAACCAGUGCUUGGCACUAUAAGUAGUAUCCAUGGACCAUGUCCUUGGUUGUGCCACUUCUUUGGUUUCAUGCCAAAAGAAUCUGAUCUUUGAAGAAUUGGGGAUUUAGGGUUCCAAGAACUGGGAGUCUUUCAUGCUGAUAAGUGAUAAGGAUAGCUUAUCCACAAUUUGGGAUCUUCCCUAUGGCUGUUGGAAUGAAUUUGAUUUCCUGAUUUCUUUUCCUUCCUUUUUUUUCUUGUGUUUCUUGUAAUGAUAUUAUUGCUUGCUGUAACAAGCAAGAAUGAAGAGAUGGAGAUUUGAGGACAGUAUUAAAUGCAAAACACUUUCUGAUUUUACAAGAUUUUGUGGAUAACAACUGCAAGAUCUUGAAACUUCUUGAUGAUUCAAUCCAAAUGAGUAGCAGCUCAACCCUCUUACAUGAUGAAAAAAUGUGUUUUAUUUUAUUUUUUGUCAGGUUUUUGAAGGCCCCCUUGUGAAUUCCCUGUUGUCCAUCAGACAAGGAGGCCUCAAGAUGUACAUCAUAGAGGACAAAGGGGGUGCCAUUGCCCUCAUGCUGGCCUCCCUCUUCUUCCUGGGGACAUGGCCUGCGGUCCUCACCCUCCUCGAGCGCCGAGGCCGGCUCCCGCAGCACACCUACCUCGACUACUCGAUCACGAACCUCCUCGCUGCGGUCCUCAUCGCGCUCACCUUCGGUCAGCUCGGCGAUAGCAAGCCCAACAUGCCCAAUUUCUUCACCCAGCUCAGUCAGGAUAAUUGGCCUUCAGUGCUGUUUGCAAUGGCAGGGGGUGUUGUGCUCAGUAUAGGGAACCUCUCUACUCAGUAUGCAUGGGCAUAUGUAGGUCUCUCAGUGACUGAGGUCAUCAGCUCAAGUAUGGUUGUUGUAAUAGGCACAACACUGAAUUAUUUCCUGGACAACCGCAUCAACAGAGCAGAGAUUCUUUUCCCUGGAGUGGCCUGCUUCCUUGUUGCAGUCAUUCUUGGCUCUGCUGUACAUGCCUCCAAUGCAGCUGAUAAUGAAGAAAAACUAAAUGGCUCCACAAAUAUCUAUAAACUUGGGGAAAAUGGAAGUGUGGAACCAAACAAAGAAGUCAUAGAAAAAGAUGCUCCCAAGGACUUGGAGAAUGGAGCUUCUGCAACCAAAUAUGUUGCCAAAGCUGAAGCAGGAACUGCGGAAUACUUGAUUGAGCUCGAAGAACGGCGUUCGAUCAAGGUGUUCGGAUCAAGCACCUUCAUAGGGCUUGGGAUAGUGUUCUUCUCAGGAGUCUGCUUCUCACUCUUCUCCCCGGCAUUCAACCUCGCCACCAAUGACCAAUGGCACACCCUGAAACAAGGUGUACCACACCUGGUGGUGUACACCGCCUUCUUCUACUUCUCGAUCUCGUGCUUCGUCAUCGGCAUCGGCCUGAACAUCCUGUUCCUCUACCGUCCAAUGGCCGGUGUGCCGAAAUCAUCCUUCAAGGCUUACCUGAAUGACUGGGAAGGCAGGCAGUGGGCUCUCCUGGCUGGCUUCCUAUGUGGCUUUGGCAAUGGGUUUCAGUUCAUGGGUGGUCAGGCUGCUGGCUAUGCUGCUGCUGAUGCUGUCCAGGCAUUGCCACUUGUGAGCACAUUCUGGGGAAUACUCCUGUUUGGGGAGUACCGGAAAUCGUCGCGAAAGACGUAUAUCCUGCUCGGGUUCAUGCUGUUCAUGUUCAUCGUCGCGGUCGCGGUGCUCAUGGCUUCAUCAGGUCACAGGAGCACCAAGUGAUUGAUUCAAAUCCUUUCAUCUCUUGCCUUAAUUUGGUGUUUGCAAGCGCAAACCACUCUUGCUGUCAGAAAACAAAGAAGUUCAGGCAGCAAUGCAGGGGGGGACUUCAGUCCAGGUCUCCAGGAAGCAGAUCAUGCCAACAUGGAAUGAAACUCCAUUCAUGAAAUUUCCAUUUGGAUGGAGCUGUACAUAAGGGGAAAAAAGGAACAAACUAAGAUAGUUUGUGGAUUUGUGAUUUUAAGUUUGUGUCAGAUUAUAUAAAUGUAAUGUUAUCCCUUUCUCUGAAUUCUAAAAGACCCAUUUGCAGAUAGCAUAGGGAAAUUUGGAGUUCACCUGAAUGAUAAGAAAGAUAGUAACUGUUUUGGUUUCGAUGCUGAUGUUCAGUGCUUAAAAUUUGAAAUGGUACAUGACAUACGAGUUGUUUUAA